AUGAUUGGGCUUCUAGCAGCCGGAGGAUUUCCUCUUCGACAAUGGUCUUCGAAUUGUCAAGACGUGCUGGAUGUCGUUCCAGAACACCUCCGAGAAACGCGUACGCUGCUAGAACUAGAUCGAGAUACCUCUGUUACCGGUCUUGGUCUACGCUGGGAACCCACCACCGAUCAACUGUCAUUCAAACCUCCAAAGUGGAAGGAUAGCCAGCCAAUCACUAAGAGAACCGUUCUGUCACAGAUGAGUAGCCUGUUUGACCCACUCGGGCUGCUAGGCCCAAAAGUUGUUCAUGCGAAGAUCAUAAUACAAGCCCUCUGGAAGUGUCAACUAGAAUGGGAUACACCGCUUCCAGUGAAGUUCGUGGAAGAAUGGACGUCAUAUCAGCGAGAUAUACGUCACCUAGAUGGUCUUCGCAUUCCGCGGUUGGUCAUGCUCUCCCCGCACCAAAGGUUAGAAAUCCAUGGAUUCAGCGACGCCUCCCUGCAGGCAUAUGGAGCCUACGUGUAUAUCAGGUCGGUCGACGCAAAAGGCCAAUGCUAUGUCCAAUUGCUAACGGCCAAGUCCCGUGUAGCUCCACUCAGUAGUAAGUCAAUUCCGAGAUUGGAGCUCUCCGCCGCGCUACUCCUAGCGCAUCUCCUGGCUCAAGUUCUAAAGAGCACCUCACUCGUGGCUCCAGUUUAUCUUUGGACAGAUUCGACCGUAACACUGGAUUGGAUCUCUGCUUCACCGUCGACCUGGAAGACUUUCGUCAGCAACAGAGUAGCAGAAAUUCAGGAGUUGACCGCUUCAGCCUCCUGGAAUCAGAUACCCUCCGACGAAAACCCCGCUGACCUGUUGUCGAGAGGAACCAGCCUAGAGAAUCUAGUAGAAAAUACUCUAUGGUGGAAUGGACCUAUCUGGAUCAGAUCGUUAAGUGAACCGUGGCCGCCGAAUUACGUGUUGCGUAAACAGAAUCGUGAAGAUCCAGAAUUACGGAAAGUUGUGGCGCUGCCAGUCUUUACAGAGCCAGAAGACAUCAUCGAUCGCUAUUCAAGCCUAACCCCUCUCGUUCGCGUGUGCGCGUGGUGGCACCGUUUUCGUGAGAACACUCGUCGGGUGAAGAAUGAACGCGUAACCGGUCCGUUGUCGGCGUCGGAAAUCGAUCGUUCGUUACUCGGUCUCAUAAGUCGUGUGCAAGAAGACGCGUUCGGUUCUGAAAUGAAGCAACUCGCUCGAAACGAAGCCGUAAGCAAGAAAUCCAAAUUACGUUUCCUGAAUCCGAAACUCAUCGAUGGAUUGAUCCGAGUUGGCGGCCGGCUUCAUCAUUCUGCUCUCGCCGUUGACAUACGACACCCUGUGGUACUGCCUGCAAACCAUCGUCUCACCAGAAUGAUCGUCUCGCUCGAGCACCUUAAAACGCUUCACGGUGGCCCGAAUCUUCUUCUUUCAUCUCUGCGUCGUCGCUUCUGGCCACUGAAUGGUCGGAAUCUCGCCAGUACCACCGUGCAUCACUGUGUUAUCUGCACUCGUGCCUCCCCGAAGUCGUUGGAGCAACUAAUGUGUAAUCUUCCGCCGGUUCGAGUAACCAGAGCAUUCCCGUUCGAGAAUGUUGGGGUUGACUUUGCCGGCCCAAUUUUGCGUCGAGCACCCAACAAAAGAGCAGCUCCUGUCAAGGCGUACGUAGCGGUCUACGUGUGCUUGGCUGUCAAGGCGAUACACCUUGACCUCGUUCCCGAUUUGACAUCGGAGGCAUUCAUCGCUAGCUUGCACCGUUUCACCGGAAGACGUGGCAAGCCCAGCAACAUAUACUGUGACAAUGGUCGGAAUUUUGUGGGAGCUCAACGUGAGUUAGCAGAUCUCCGCACACUAUUCGUUUCUCAACAGCAUAAAGACGUCGUAGCUCGUGAGUGCGCUACGAGUAACAUCGAAUUCCACUUCAUUCCUCCCAGAUCGCCAUCGCUAGGCGGAAUCUGGGAAGCGGCGGUGAAGUCAAUGAAGUUCCAUCUCCGCCGUAUCAUGGGAAACGCUAUGCUGACAGAAACUGAAUUCAGAACCGCCCUCAUCCAAGUCGAGGCUGCGUUGAAUUCAAGACCAAUAACUGCUAUGUCAGAGGACCCGCAAGACUUGCAACCCUUAACUCCAGGACACUUCCUGGUGGGAAGGCCGCUCAAUGCUAUUCCAGAGCCCAGCCUGCAAGAUGUUCCAGAGAACCGCCUGUCCCGCUGGCAACGUGUCCAGUGCCUGUCUCAGCAGUUUUGGCAACGCUGGCAGAAGGAUUACCUCUGUACCCUCCACAACCGCUACCGCUGGUCAAAUACUACGGCCAACCUCGUCCGUGGUGCCAUCGUUCUGCUACGAGAUGAAAAUCUGCCGCCGCAGAAGUGGGCCGUUGGAAGAAUUGUCGACGUCCAUCCAGGAACCGAUGGGCUUGUCCGUGUAGCUUCGGUUAGGACCAGUACCGGAGUUACGAAGAGAGCUGUAAGCAAACUCUGCCUGCUACCGGUGGAGAUAGAUCCAGAGACAAUCCAGCAGCAAUCCCCGUCAUCUUAUGACUCCAGCGCCGAUGAAGAAUAA